UAGUAUAGUUACUCAAUCUACUGAUGCCGCUGAUGAAGUACACAAAAAACUACAAGGUGAAGUAACUACUGACUAAAUCAAGGUAGAUGUGAAAGUGGAAAUUGUUUGUGAUUGAGAAGUUAUCAAAACAGCAACAAGGAAAAUAGUAUGUGCUGGUUAACCAUGUAUUUGCAUACCACAUUUGAUGUAAAUGGAAUCUGAAUAACCAAUGCUCCCAUUGAUGUUAAAGGGCAAUCAAGGUCAAAGGUUGAAAUAUGUAGACAAGCUACAUAAACAUUGAAUUCAUGUACAAACAUUUGUGUGUACACAUUACCAUGUGCAACUAUACUCAGAUAAAACAUAAUCCCCCUUUACAAGGCACAAAGCUUGCUUUAUUGAUAAGGGAUGACUUGCAUCUAGUAUAGUACUUUAAAUAGCUAGCAUCAUUAAAUCAAAAAGAUUGCUUCAUUCUGGAAACACAACUAUAUUGCAUUGAAUGACUUGCAAUAUUUCAGUGCUGGCAUUUGUAGUAUUAAAUAGACUAUACACAGUCAUCAUCAUCCAUCUACUGUAUAUACAGUCACAUCAAAAUAUUCACUGAAGAGAGCUUUACAAGACAUUAGGCAUCUACAGUUUUCUAUUAAAUAUUGUUUAAACAUUUGGAACUACUGUUCAUGAACUGUACUAGAAAAAUUAAGCAGCAUACAGCAUUACUUUGGAAGUUCAAUCAAUUUACCUGUAUGUUGAGAACUCAUAAUAGAAACAUGGCAAAAGAAGGAAUAUGGUCAUUUGGCUUUGGGAGUAACAUGGAUGUAAUAGCUUUAGAAAACAAAAAGCAUGUCAAAGUUCUUGAUCAUGUCUGCGCCAUCCUAAAGGGGUAUCGUUUAAGCUUCAACGUUCGAGCAUUUGAAUGUGUUGAGCCAGCCUAUGCAGGAAUAGAACGUGGCUCAGAAACUGAUGAAGUACAUGGUGUUGCGUUUUGUGGAACAAAGGAAUCAAUGGAAGAAUUAGAUCGCACAGAAGCUGGCUAUGAUAAAAAAGAAGAGACUUUCCAUGGCUAUGAUGGGAGAGUAAUAAAAGGGUUUGUGUACUUGACGAAACCUGGGUCUGUAAAACCAGAGGUCCCUCCAAGUAGUCGCUAUGUCGGGGUUCUCCUUAAAGGUGCCCGUCAGGCAGGCUUGAAGCAAGAAUACAUAGAUGCUCUUACAGCAAGACCAACUUACACCCCUACAGCAGAGACCCUUGCUAAAAGAGCUGCUCUUCCCCCUUUGGACUCCCUCCCUGCUGUUACCGUAGCAGAGUUAGCCAAACAUGAUGGAAGUGAUCCUGACUUGCCUAUCCAAGCAGCAGCCCUUGGGUAUGUCUUUGAGGUGAAAAUGAAGGUAUUUAAGUCCCACUAUGCACGUGAUAUAACAACCCGUAUGCUUAACCAAUUUCACGGCAUCCCCAUGGACGAUAACGAUGAUAAAGGGCAUCCACCUUAUCCUAUUGAGUCAGACCUACCCAAAGAGGCACUGGAGUAUAUCACCAGAUGGCGUGACCAGUAUCUCUCACGUGCUGACAACAAAGUCAUAGGUCAUGUCAAAGAAUAUCUUGAGCAACAAAAAUCGGGAAAAUCUGAGUUCAAACUACCAGCUAUUCCAACAUAGAUAUUACGAGAACACAGGAUGUUAACACGCACAACUGAAAUCAGGAAUGGCAGAUAACCCUAUCCAGAACAGAGAACCUCAUUUGGGGGUCACAUGUAUGUAUACUACUCAAAGUACCAUGUGGACCAUAUCUUCAUUUCUAUACUCUGUUUUUGGCAUCUGCUUCCCAUGUGAAAUAAAUGCCCUGUGGACAUGAUAGCCAGAAUCUCUGGUAUUAGGCUGUAGGCACGUAUGUAGCAUUAAUAGGAUUUUCCUAUUAAGAUGCUAAAAACACUAAAUUCAAUACCAUAAAACAAAACCAAAUAACAGCUUAUGAACAGGGUGGUCAAAAAACGGAAACACUUAUACCAUUGCCCCCGUAUCUUUGUAAUUUUAAGAAAUAACUCCCUGAUAUUUUACACAUUGUACAUCAUUCAUUUACAGCAUUUUAAAGAACAUGCCCCAGAGGCCACUUUAGCACUGUCGGGAAACCUGCACUUGUCCAAAAUGUCCCUAUCUGUGGGGAUAUGGCAGAGAUAGAGUGUAUGAGAAUGACCUCGGGACAAUUGCAAACCUCAAAAGUGAGAUCAUCUGUGUCAUUCAGGCCACACUUGCUGAGGAAUGCAUUCGGGUCAUUGACAAUAAUGUGAAAGUUUGCUUGAUGGCCAAACCUGAAGCAUCUUCUUCAAAGUGCUGUAAAAUUGUGACUAUCAGUCUGAUGGUCAUGACAUAUUGUAGGGUGGUAGGGAAUUGAAUGAUGUACAAAUGUGUGAAAUAUCAGUGAGUAAUUGUUUAAAAUAAGAAAGAUAUGAGGAAAAUGCAGGGUUUCCAUUUUUGACCACCCUGUACAACAUAUAAUGUAGUUUUUGAAUAAAUCAAUUAGAAAAUAUAUGUAUACAGUUAUUACGACAAUCAGAAAUACUUAUUUGUCAUCCACUAUAAAGAGAUGUUGUUACAGAGCUUGAGAAGCAUAAAAUCUUUCUUAGCUGAAUGAGCCAUUAAUUAUAACCAGAAUUCUGGAAACCUAUCUGUAUAGAAGUCUGAGUAAUACACUAUUCAAAGAUUUGCAUGAGACCCACCAUGAGGAGGAUAUUGGGUGGGGAAUUUGACAAAAAAAAUCUGGUCAAAUAUUCUGCACACUCUGACGCUGACCCAGAAUCUGCUUUCUUUAAAAAAUCUUGAUUUUCUAGUUUGUUAAUGUUGAAGACGAGCACUGCCAUGGAGUAUGAUUAAUAUAAUAAUAUUUUGAGAUGCUUUCUGAUUGGUCAAACAACUAUAACUCAUGUGGUAUCACUCGUGCUGACCAGUGACCAUGGAGGUUUAAAUAAAUAAAUAAAAAAAUUAAAUAACACAAAUCUAUCAAAAACCAACAUCAUGGGUUCCUCCAUGUGACAGGCCUGUUUCCCGACCCUGUCAAAAUCCUAACCCCGAGACAAGACUGCGAGUCAAAUUCUUAACCCUCUCCACGUAGGAGGGGGUCUCACGCAAAUCUCUGAAUGGCGCAUAAUUAAUGUCAAAAUAAGAUACACAGUGAAUUAUAUCAUACAUAAAAGGUAGAAUUAGAUCUAUAAUAGGUGACGAACAAUACAUUUUAACUCCCAAAA